CCUGGCCUCCAUCCCCGGAGCACCCGAGGACGCGCACUGCCGCCUGGCUAACUCCGCGGGAUUAGCUCUCCUCGACCCGACGCUAAGAUCCUCCUGGCCGCCGCAGCCCGACGAGGACUCGUGGAUCCAGUAUUUGGCGCAGUAUGCUCGCACUCAGGCACUUAUGAGCAGUGCAGAUUUGUUUAUGUUGGACCGGAAAAAAAAUGUUUAGUAUGGUGCGCCCCAUUGGAAUGAGUUAUUGAGCACUUGGUUCUGUUAAUUUGGGUUUAAAAGUUUGGUCAGCUUCGUGUUAAAAGGGACAUCUGUUCUUGUAUUGUUUUCCUGGAAGUUCUUUACGUUGGUAAGGCACAAUUAUAUUGGGAAAGCAUAUUGGUUAUUAAGUGGGAGAAAUUGAAGUUCCAGGCUCUGAUCCUCACUGCAAAUUUCCUAGAGCAGAUUAGUUUUUUCUUACAAUUGUUGUAUAUUCGGUGAAACAUUGGCCUGGAAGACCCAGCCCCAAGCUUAUUUCCCAAUUUAUGCGAGUCAAAUGGAAAUGGGAAGUAAGAUCAGAACUAGGGUUGAUGGUUAGUGUUUUGGAAGGAUAAAGAUACUAGAGGAGUAAGGAAAUGAAAGAUCUUAAAGAAGACACCAAGAGAAAUGAAGGUAACAAUGGUUUGCUGGUAAAAGUAUUUGAACCCAUGAUGUUGUUGGGUUAUCAUAUAUUGCAUGGACGGACUAUGUGCUCCUCACAUGAUUGGUAAUCCAUGUAAUGCUGCUUCAGCUGCAGGACUCGGGCUUGAUCUGGUACUUGAUCAAUUAUCUUCUUCUAACUUAUGGGUUCCUGGCGCAGUGUUUCCUCCAGUCCCAGCAGACUCAAACGAUGAAACAGCUUUUGCGCAACUAUCUCUGAAUCAAUCUGGAAGUGGAACUGAGGAAGUCGCUCCAUAUGAGUUGAUGCAGCAAAUGGUGCCUCUACAGGAACUGGAGCAGAAUAACCAUGAUCAACCUGGAUCACUGGCGUCACCGAACUUGGUGAUUUGCCACAGCGACAUGCCCGUGGCCACCGUCCUCCAAGGCAAUGGGUCACCCAGGAGUAGUGGCACGAGCAGCGCUACUCCUCUUGCUACUCAGGCUUCACAUCAUGGGACUUCGGUAUGCUCUGUGGAGGAUGCUCAUGCUCCGAGUGAUACCACAGUCUUCACCAUCCCACCACAGGUUCUGCACAAGCAUCCCCGGGGGCACGGUCAAGCAGUUGUGGAAGACCGGGAUAAGGAGAAGGAGGUCCAUCAGGAGUUCAAUAUCGAACUUAAAAAGUGUGGAGCUCACCAAAUCAUCUGCAUGAUGUGUUUCUUAUCUGGUUAUCACAAGAAAAAUAAAACAAAGCUUAAAAAGAUGCGAAAGGAAGAGCUUAAAGAUCACUGCAAAAGCUUCCAUGGCGCUAGUGGCAUCAAAUGUGCAAAAAAAGGUUGCCAAGUGAGGGCUAGAAAUCAAGGAGAUAUAGGAGCUCAUGAGUUGUAUUGUCAUGGCAUUUAGAGUGUACAUUGAUUCUUCCACAAGAUCAUGUUUUUAGAUAGUUAUUAUGCCAUGUGAAAUCCGCUUGAAUGUAAUCAUUUUGUAGUCUGUGGGGAAUAUUCUUUCGCAUGUACUCUUAAUCGAAUAGAGUUACAUGCAAGCAUACCUCCCUUUGAACUAAGCGAGAUAAAUAUCUUUCGUUAUUA